GAAUUUGCAUCGCUUGUUAGGAUCUCCAUUCUUGUUUGUGUUCAAGUGAAAUAUUAUCGGGGUAAUAGUUUAAAACUACGAAUGAUGACAUCAGGAAAUCCUAUUGAACCACCUCUACCUAACCUUUCACAUUUAACCGACGAAGAACGAGUCAAAAUACAAGAAGUUAUUGAAAGACAAAAGGCUUGCGAUGCUGAAACACACAAAUUGCAACGACUCCUCGCUAAAGAAGUGGAGACUUAUCAAAAUAAACUUGAAGUGAAGACUAAAGAAUGGAGAGCUGUGGAGCAAGGAAAACAGAGCAACGUGUGCGAACUUUGUCAUAAAACCAAAUUUAGCGAAGGAAUUGGAAAAGAGUGCAAGUAUUGCCGACGGCGUGCUUGUAGCCGAUGUGGAGAGACAGUCACAUUUCCUUCAAGGAAACAGGGAUUUUUUACAACGCUUAUUCAAGAUUUUAAACAAAUGGCCCUUGGUCAAGAGUCAUCGUGGAUAUGCAUUAUAUGUAAAAAGAAACAGGAGCUUUUACUUAAAACUGGAGGAUGGUUUAAUCCUUGGCAUGACUCAGCUCCAGUCUCUACUGCUGAGACCAUCGAACUCCUUCUUAAAAAUAACGGAUCUCGUAGACGCUCCUUACAAGAGAAUAUUCCAGUUAUGUAUCAGGGGAUAGUCAACCAUAGAAAUUCGCGAGCUGACAGAGGUAUGAAACGGGAUUCUUCCUCAUCUCGAGAUCACGCUAAUCCGAACGGAAGUAAUGACUACGGAAAGCUACUACGUUCUGUCAGUCUCAGUCCCCGCUCAAGUCGUCGUUCCAGUCUACGCACAAACACCUUUUCCACGCGACCAUCUUUGUCUGACGAUGACGUCGAGAGUCCACCUGGCAGUGAAGUCGAGGGCUACUCGCGAGAAUCACGCACAACAUCCACCAAAGGGAGCUGUAAAAAAGUAAGCUUUCGUGACGGUCAUGAGGAGUAUCGCCCGACGAUUUUGCGAGGAAGUGUCUUGGGUCGAGGUGAACGAAAUACUGACUCGAAUGCCACAUCUUUAAUUCGAUGGUCAAAGCCUGAUGACGAUGGUAAAUGUUUGGGUGAAGUUCUAUUAAAGCGAAAUAAUCAGAGAUCAUUGGAAGAUAUAGAUCCUUAUUCUGUUUAUGGGUUAAAAAUCGUUGGAGGAAAGAUAACUCAUAAUCACAAACCUGGAGCGUUUAUUACUGCUAUUGAUGAGGGGAGUCCUGCUGAUCGAGCAGGGCUCGUUUCCGGUGAUGAAGUAAUGGAAUGGAAUGAAUACUCACUUGUCGAUUGUACAUUCGAAGAUGUUCUUGACGCCAUUUCUAACUCACAGGAAAGCCCUGAUCUCCAUGUUGUUGUAUCGAGACCCAAGAACAAAGUUCCACUUCGAACGGAACCCGCUGACUUCACGACGUCAAGAAGCAACAACAACACUUUUUGUGGGUGGAAAGAUUCUCAAGAUCAUUUUUUGCCAAAUGGGAAGGAGAAUCGUUUUCCACAACGAAAUGAUUACAAUCAUAUUACUGCCGUCAAAAUCAGUGGACGUAUCCAGGUCAAACUGCAUUAUAAUCAUGAAGCGGCUAACUUAACUGUGACUAUCGUUUGCGCUGAGGGACUUAUCACGCGUGAUAACACGAAUGAAAUACCCAAUCCUUAUGUUAAGGUGUAUUUUCUCCCCGAUCGUAGCAUGCAAAGCAAGCGACGGACAAAAACCAUUCCAAAGACAGCUUCGCCAAAAUGGACUCAGUCUUUUGUAUACCCCUGCCGGCCACAGAAGCUUCAGGGAAGGUCCAUUGAGAUAAGUGUCUGGGACUAUAAGAAGUCUGGGGAGAGCGAGUUUUUAGGAGAGGUUCUUAUUGAUCUGACGACUGCUAAUGUAGAUGGUAAACCGAUGUGGUAUUCAUUGUCAACUCAUGACGACAACUCAAAUCUCUUACGACCCCCAACACCUGUUCAAAGUUCAUCUGUAAUUCUUAACGAUAGCUCGACCGGAACAGGUUCACUAAGGCUCAACGAUGACCUACGCUCCACACAUGAAAAUGAAGCAAGGAAUAAUGGCAACUUAGCAUAUCAAAAUAAUCCUCGAUACAGUCCAAGAAUUGAGCGCAUAGUACCGCCUCAAGAUGUCAAAAACAUAGAGAGACGUUCCCCUCUUGGAACCUUUAAUUCAGACUUUCCUUUACCAGGUACGAAAAAACCUCGAACCCUUCCUGGUCUCACACAUGAACUUCGACCCUCCAGUGAAAAUUGGUUUUCAGAUUCAGAUCCCCGACAUAGCGACACCACGGUUGCCAAUAGCCGUCUCCAUUCUUCCUCUGUAAAUAACCCACCACGUACUAAUGGUUCCACCUGUGUACCCUACGAUCACUUAUCAAAUUCUUUUCCUAAUGGUCAAAACUCAAGUCGAUCAUCAUCUGUUGCCAGUGAUCGCAGUCCUACUGGAAGUGUAGGUAGUAUCACGGGGUCCAUUACGAGCACAGAAAGCAGUCAAUCCGUAAAGCAAGCACGAAAACAAGUGGCUGACCAGCAAAUGCAAGAUUUUAUUGAUGGACUUGGACCUGCUCAAAUUGUCGGACGUCAAGUACUGGCGUCACCUCGCAUGGGUGAUAUUCAGCUAAGUUUUUACGAUCGUAAGGGAGUGUUAGAAGUUGAGGUUAUUCGUGCGCGGGGUCUUCUUCCGAAACCUGGAUCUAAGAUAUUACCAGCUCCGUAUGUAAAAGUUUACCUUAUGGAAAAUGGAAAGUGUCUUGCAAAGAAAAAAACACGUCCAACACGAAGAACUUUGGAACCUCAUUAUCAACAACAAUUGGAUUUUCGAUGCAACGUAACUAACAAGACAUUACAGGUAAUUGUUUGGGGUGAUUAUGGUCGUAUGGAUCGCAAGGUAUUUAUGGGAGUAGUUCAGAUCCUUCUCUCCGAUCUCAAUCUCACUACAAUGACUUUGGGAUGGUAUAAACUAUUUUCUACCGCUUCCAUGUGUGAACCACCUAUCUUCACGCCACCGACGAGUCCCAUGGUGUCCCCCAUUGAUGGGUUCACACGUCAAACAUCAUCCAGCUCAAUACAUAGUCUACCUACGCAACAUCUUCAGCGAUCACCCAACAUGCAUAAACACUCGUCUCUCAGUCAGUUAGGCAUCACGCAUGCACCACGUGCACAACCAAGGGUUAGUAGACCUCGCAUUGAGAUGAUUGCUGAUGAAGGGGACUUUGUAUGAUUUUCGUGGAUAAGAAAUAAUUGUGAGGAUUUACGUUUUCAAAUGCUUUGUUGCAUGAAAUAUGGAGGUUCAAAUUUAUCAUCUUCCCGUUUACAGAUCUCGUAAUUUAUGCUUUUCGAAAGUAAAUUGUACAGCAUAUGCAUGCUGUGCGUUAAAAUUUAAUUUAUUACCGUAGAGAAAGACAGCCAUGAUUAAUAUUAUCAUAUUUAGCAGAGAUAAAACAACAGAUGAAUAGAUAACAAAAAUUAAACUUGGAACUUGGUUCCUCGCUAAAAUAUAAAUAUUUUGCUCUGUAACCGAAUAAUCCAAAAGCUAUUUAGAAAAUACGAGUUAAUUGUUGUUGAAUAACCUGAAAGAUUUCAUCAUUUGACAAGAAAAUGCCCACUUUAGAAAGGGAAUUCAAAGUUGAAAAUUUAUAAUAAUUCAAGUUUAUGAUUUGAGUCAAAAUUUUUAUGCUUACAUUUUGACAACAUAAAAUAAUCGUUAAACAUAUAGUUAUUUUAAUCCAGAACAAAUCUUUUGGAUUAUCUUUGGUUAAACUUAUUUAUUGUAUGAUUAAAACUAGAAUAUUGUAAUUUUAAAUAUAUUCAAAGCCAGUACUUUCUUAAUUGUGUAGAAUAACGUGUAUACAAUUAUUCCAGUCAUUAAAUGCGGAAAGAAGAAA